UUUUUCUCCGCCAUUAACUUCCCCUUCUCCUUCACAAGCUCCAUAAAUUCUCUCUUAGCUAUGGCAACUCAGUUCUAGAAUCUUCUAUAACUCAGUCUCUAUAUCUGCUACUACGACGAAAAUGGCGAGUAUUUCAGCUACACUUUCUACUGCAACUUUACCGGAACUCAAAUUUCUAUCUCCAAUUUCGACUUCCAGAAGUUUCCAUUUCCGUAUACCUCAGCGGAGUAGAAUUAAGACGGCGGCGGGGAAGAGAGAAGAGAAAGUGGUGUUGGAGGAGAGAGAUGCAGAAUUGUUGAGGAAAGUGAAUGGGAGUGUGAAUGGGAAUGGGAGUGUGAAGAGGAGUGUUGAUUUGAAUGGUGCGUUGUUGGUGGAUAAGUAUAGUAAUGGAAGUGUAGGUGUGAUUGAGAGUGAAAAUGAGAGUUUGAUGAAGUAUGUGAAUGGGAAUGGGAAUGGUGUAGCGGGGAAGAGUGCUGAGAAGGUUGUGGAGGUGAAGGCGGAAGAAGUGGUUGAGAAGAGGAAUAAGAAGAGUAUUGAUGAGAUUGGACAAGAGGAGGCUUGGUUUAAGAAGAAUAAGGAAGUUAAGGUCUCUGUAACACCUGGAGGCCGUUGGAACAGAUUCAAAACAUAUUCAACAAUUCAAAGGACUUUAGAGAUAUGGGGAUCUGUCUUCACUUUCUUAUUCAAGGCUUGGUUGAAUAAUCAAAAGUUCUCCUAUCAAGGUGGAAUGACAGAAGCAAAAAAAACUGAGCGGAGAAAGGUCCUUGCUAAGUGGUUAAAAGAAACUAUUUUGAGAUUGGGUCCAACUUUUAUCAAGAUUGGCCAGCAAUUCUCAACAAGAGUGGAUAUUCUUGCUCAGGAGUACGUUGAUCAGUUGUCUGAGCUUCAGGACCAAGUUCCUCCUUUCCCAUCCGAAACUGCUGUAUCAAUAGUUGAAGAAGAACUUGGCAGCUCAUUGGAUAAUAUAUUUGAAAGAUUUGACCGUGAACCAAUAGCUGCUGCAAGUCUUGGUCAGGUGCAUCGUGCAAGACUGAAUGGGCAGGAAGUAGUUGUCAAAGUACAAAGGCCCGGUCUUAAGGAUCUUUUUGAUAUCGAUCUUAAAAACCUGAGGGUGAUAGCUGAAUAUCUGCAGAAAAUAGAUCCUAAAUCUGAUGGUGCGAAAAGAGAUUGGGUUGCAAUCUAUGAUGAAUGUGCAAAUGUCUUGUAUCAGGAGAUUGAUUACACUAAGGAAGCUGCCAAUGCGGAACUGUUUGCAAGUAACUUCAAAAACUUGGAUUAUGUGAAAGUCCCAUCGAUAUACUGGGAAUAUACCACACCACAGGUUUUGACAAUGGAGUAUGUCCCAGGCAUUAAAAUAAAUAGGAUAGAAGCCUUAGAUCAAUUGGGAGUUGAUAGGAAAAGAUUAGGGAGGUAUGCGGUUGAAUCCUAUCUGGAGCAAAUUCUGUCUCAUGGUUUCUUCCAUGCUGAUCCACAUCCUGGAAAUAUAGCUGUGGAUGAUGUUAAUGGUGGAAGGUUGAUCUUUUAUGAUUUUGGAAUGAUGGGAAGCAUAAGUCCUAAUAUCAGAGAAGGCUUGCUGGAAACAUUCUAUGGAGUUUAUGAGAAAGAUCCAGAUAAGGUCCUGCAAGCAAGUAUUCAAAUGGGUAUUCUGGUGCCUACUGGCGACAUGACUGCUGUCAGACGAACUGCACAGUUUUUCCUUAAUAGCUUUGAAGAGCGCCUUGCAGCACAAAGAAAGGAGAGAGAAAUGGCACAAGCAGAACUUGGGUUCAAAAAGCCAUUGACCAAAGAGGAACAAAAAGAGAAAAAGAAGCAACGUUUGGCCGCAAUUGGUGAAGAUCUACUAGCCAUUGCAGCAGAUCAGCCAUUCCGAUUUCCUGCAACAUUCACUUUUGUGGUUAGAGCAUUUUCAGUUUUGGAUGGCAUUGGGAAGGGUCUUGAUCCACGAUUUGAUAUCACUGAGAUAGCCAAACCCUAUGCCCUAGAGUUGCUUAGGUUUCGUGAAGCUGGUGUUGAAGUUGUGGUAAAGGACUUCAGGAAGAGAUGGGAUAGACAGUCUCAGGCAUUCUACAACUUGUUCAGGCAGGCUGAUAGAGUUGAGAAACUUGCUGCAAUUAUCCAGCGACUGGAGCAAGGCGACCUUAAGCUUCGGGUUAGAGCUUUAGAAUCUGAAAGGGCUUUCCAACGUGUUGCUGCUGUUCAGAAGACAAUUGGAAGUGGAGUAGCCGCUGGAAGCUUGGUUAACCUAGCUACACUUUUGUAUCUCAACUCCGUCCGUACCCCCUCUAUUAUAGCAUACACUGCCUGUGCAUUCUUUGGCUUCCAAGUCCUGUUUGGCCUUCUGAAGGUUAAAAAAUUAGAUGAACGAGAAAGAUUGAUUACUGGAACAGCUUGAACAAAUGUACAGGUUACAUCGCGAGAUAAUAUAUGGGAACUGCUAUUCCAAGUUGUAACCCUGGAAAAACAGAAAUAACGUGGAUAGGACUUAACGGAUCAUUGAGUGUUCAUAGCACUCCCAUGGCCAAGAGUUACCAGUUUUGUCAUUCAGCUUUAAGAUGCAUCAUGUGGUAAGACUUCCAAUAUGGAGGUUAACUUCUAAUUAUGUUGGCCAAAACAGAUUGUUGUAUUUGCCAAUCUCCACUAUAGAGCACUCCUGUGAAGUAGUCCAAAUAAGAAAUCUUUCAUGUAGUAUGACACCCAUUUUGACCUUCUGUAGCCUUAGUGUAUAGGUAUACAAAAUCUAGGAGAUAAAUGUAACUAAUUUUAGCCCUAUCUAUCUUCAACCUUAUUUGUGGAGUUCGAUUCUCUUG